AUGCCUUCGUCUACAGUAAUUCGAAUACAACGAGCCCCAUCAAUAAAUCGAAAUAAUUAUUCAAAUACUAAUGAUGAUAAAAAACAUACGUUAAGCAUGUUUCGCUUAUUUAUUCAUCUGCUUGAUUAUAUUUAUCUAUUUAAUAUAAAUAUAUUUCUUCAUGUAUUAUUACUUCUUAAACGAAUAUUUAAAUUUUUUUCUGGCUUUUUAAGUUUUGUUUUUGUUUCAUUGUGUGGAUCAAGGAAAAAACUUAUCCAAUUUCAAUCAGUUAAAUACUAUACUUGUCCUCUUCAACCCUUAUCACUUCAUCGAUUGCAUUUUCUUCCAAGGAAAAUUCUGGUAUUAGAUUUAGACGAAACCUUAAUUCAUUCUCAUCAUGAUGGUUUAAUACGUGCUGUAACAGGGAAACCAGUAGGACCACCAGAUUUUAUAAUACCUGUCGAAAUUGAAAAACAUCCUGUACGAUUUUUUGUUUACAAACGACCACAUGUUGAUUAUUUUCUUGAAAUCGUUAGUAAAUGGUAUGAGCUUGUUGUAUUUACUGCAUCCAUGGAAAUUUAUGGCGCAGCAGUUACCGAUAAACUAGAUAAUAAUCGAAAUAUUCUUUCUCGGCGAUUUUUUCGACAACAUUGUACAUUAGAAUCUGGCACAUAUUCAAAGGAUUUAUGCGUUGUUAAUAAUGAUUUAUCACGAAUAUUUAUUUUGGAUAAUAGUCCUGUAGCUUAUCGUUCUUAUCUAUUUAAUGCCAUUCCUAUUAAAUCAUGGUUUUUUGAUCCAACAGAUACUUGUCUUUUAUCAUUACUUCCAUUUCUUGAUGCAUUAAGAUUUUGUCGUGAUGUACGUUCUGUAUUAGCAAUGAACUUACAUUUACAUCGAAAUUUAACAAUGACAAAUCCGAAUUCAUUGAUCACACAAGUUUUGCCAUCAUCGACAUCAUAA